GAGGCUCACCUGCGCGCCGAUGCAAUCCGUCUCCGCCCGCCGCAAUCCAGCAACUGCAACUUGAACCCGCCGCAUCAUUUUCCCCUCUUCUCCCCCCAAUCUCCUCCCCCUCGGCUAUUGCGAUCAUCAGUCAUGGCCUCCUCAUCGGCUCCCUCCGCCAACAUUGGCGCAACCCCCCAACCUGACAGUCCUGCUGCUCCCACACAGAUCCCCGAAAAGGUUUCUGCGGAUGACCAGAAGAAGUCCGCCACGACGACUGCCCCAAACAAUGCCCCCUCAGCAGAGAACCCCGCGCAACAACAGCGCACGAACAACAACGAUGACGAUGACGAUGACGACGAAUCAGAAUUUGAUGAAUUAGAUGAGGUCCUCGACGACUUUAAACCCAAACCAUCCCCCGCCCCCGCCAAACCCGAUGCCGCACAACCAUCUGCCCCUGAUGACUUUGACGAGGAGGCCUUCCUCCGCCAACUCGAACAAGAUAUGGCGAAUAUGAUGGGCGGUGGUGGCGGCGCCAGCAACGACGCUGCUGCGGCUGCGGCUGCGGCUGGCGCCACCGAUACCAACGACGGCGGCCUCGACAAAGACGCCGAGGCAUUCGCCAAGAUCCUCGAGGAAAGCGGAGUCUCACCGUCCGACUUUCUGAAGCAGCUCGUCGGAGACGUCAUGAUGAAAGGCGACGACGAUAACAGCACUACGGCCGCCACCGCGGGCUCUUCAGCAGCACCAGCACCAGCAGCAUCAUCAACGCCAUCAACAAGUGGCACCGCAGCACCUGAAACCUUCAAUGACACCAUCCAGCGCACAAUCGAACGGAUGAAAGAAUCCGGCGACAAAGCCACAGCGGCAGCCUCGGAGGACGACAUGUCGGAUGAUCUGGUAGCGCAACUCAUCAAGGCGAUCGAGGCGGGGGCAUCGUCAGGCGAAGGUGGCGACGAGGGGGAUCUGACAAAGAUGUUCAUGGGCAUGAUGGAGCAAUUGUCGAAUAAGGAGAUCCUGUACGAGCCGAUCAAGGAGCUUGAUACGAAGUUCGGGCCGUGGAUCAAGGAGAAUAAGGGCAAGGGGAAGGUGUCGGAUGAGGAUAUGGCGAGGUACGAGAGGCAGGCUGGAGUGGUCAGGCAGAUUGUGAGUAAGUUUGAGGAGAAGGGGUAUUCGGAUGAGGAUCCGAAGUGUAGGGAGUAUGUGUGGGAGAAGAUGCAGGAGAUGCAAGCUGCGGGUAACCCGCCUGAUGAGCUGAUCUCUGCUCCUUGGAUGGAGGAUCUUAAGGGUCCGGGUGGUGGUGCUGGCGCGGGUGGUAUGCCUGAUUGUCCGCAGCAAUGAUGAAUACUAGUAGUAGUAGAAUAUUAAUAUAUAUACACACUUGGGCUGAGGGA